UUCUUUCUUGUGACUCUUAUCACCGAUGGGAAUCUCCUUCAGCACCAACAGAAGACGACAGAACAACCGCCGUCAACUCCUCCACCACCACCACCAUCCUCCACCGCCUUACUAUUACCUCGAUCCUCCUCCGCAGCCAUUUCCACCGCAUUAUGACUACAACUACUCCACUUACCCGCAUUUACCACCACCGCCACAGAUCAACUCUUGUUCCUACGGCCAUCCUUACCAUUACUACCCUCAGCAUCCUCACUACUUCACCACGGCACAACCCAAUUGGUGGAGUCCAACGAUGAGACCUGGAUAUGUCUGUCCUACGCAAACGCAAAUGCAGCCUCCUCCACCUCCAUACGUGGAGAAUCAGAACGCCAAGAAAGUGAGAAACGAUGUCAAUGUGCAUAGAGAUAUGGUGAGGCUCGAAGUAGACGAUUUAGUCCCUGGACACCAUCUAGUUUCCUUCGUCUUCGAUGCCAUUUUCCACGGCAGUUUCACUAUCACCUUCUUUGCAAAGGAGGAACCAAACUGCACGUUUAUCCCACAGUUUCCAGAGGUUUAUCCACCGACAAGAUUCUCUUUUCAGAAAGGUCCUGGACAGAGGUUUCUACAGCCUUCAGGGACAGGAACCGAUCUGAGCUUCUUCGCUCUUGACGAUUUGUCAAAGCCCUUAGAAGAAGAUGUGUACCCUCUUGUUAUAUCAGCUGAGACGUUAAUCUCUCCAAAUCCCAUGUCCGAGCAGUCAUCAGUUCAUAAGCAAGUCACACAAGCGGUUCUUGAGAAAGAUAAUGAUGGAUCUUUUAAAGUGAAAGUUGUGAAACAGAUUCUUUGGAUCGAAGGAGUUAGAUAUGAACUACGUGAGUUGUAUGGAUCGACCACUCAAGGGGCUUCCUCGGGGUUAGAGGACAGUGGUUCGGGUAAAGAAUGUGUUAUCUGCAUGACUGAGGCUAAGGACACAGCUGUUCUGCCUUGUAGACAUUUGUGCAUGUGUAGUGAUUGUGCGAAAGAAUUGAGGCUUCAGUCUAACAAAUGUCCUAUUUGUAGACACCCUAUUGAGGAGCUCUUAGAGAUCAAUGUGAAUGAACAGCACUUGACUUGAAGAAGAAGGUUCUUCCUUUCUUUUUUUGGGAAACCCUCCAUGUCAGAAUAUGUAUUUUGGAUCAUUGUUGUGGAACUUCAUAACGCAUAUAGAUUUGUUUGUUCUAAAGCUUUGUAUGUGAAAGAUAUAAGUAGUGGUAUAUGUAUUGUGUUAUAACGGCUUUCAUGUAUUAUCUUUGUCCUCUUGGAUAUUUCCACACACUCUCAACAUUCCACUCUAUGUAUGUAACUGAAUGGUUUUGUUGUUUGCUUUAAGCAUAAGGAACCGAUCA